ACAUUAUAUUGCUCCUCGGUGGCUCCCCAGCGAUGGACCUCGUCACGACGUGGACCGAGUCGGGCCGGAGGCUCGCACCCGACGCCCUCGCCAAGGCUGCGGCCAAGGAAGACGACCUCGCGCCGAUGCUCCAGGCGCUGCUCUGGGCGUGCGCGACGGACGCCGUGCCAUGCGCCGACUUUGUCGCUGCGCUCGACGAGUCCAAGCUCUUUGAGGCCGAGUCAACGCAUGCAACGACUCUCGCAGAUGCGCUCUGGGUCGUUGGCUCGCAGGUCGAGCAGCUGCCGUGCGACGCCGGCGAGAGCCACUCGAAGGCGUGGAAGACGCUCUGCACGGUGGUCAAGGACAUUGCCGACAAGAAGCUUGUACCGGCGAUGACGCUUCAGACGAUCCUCGAGCUCGACGUGCUCCAUGCAGUCGGCCUCGCGAACGAUCCGGCGGCCGUCGGCAAGAAGAUCGUCCGGAUCAACACGCGCAGCUUGUACACGCAGAGCAAGUUCAACCUCCUCCGCGAAGAGAGCGAGGGCUUUGCAAAGGUGCUCUCGCUCUUGCACUCGGGUGUGACGCGCGACACGGUCGAGGCCGUCCAGCGCGACUUGCUUGCGCUCAUCGGCUUUUUCGAUCUGGACCCGAACCGCGUGCUCGACUUGCUCUUGGAUGUGUACGAGACGCAGUACAUGAACGACUGCUUUGCCGACCUCAUUGCACCCUUCAAGCGCGAGUACGUCGUCCACCUCCUUGGCUUCAAGCUCCAGUUUUACCAGCGCCCCGAGACAAUCGCGGCCAAGCUCGUGGCGCCGCGGUCGCUGUACCGCAUCGCCGCCAUGCUACUGCACAAGGGUCUCUACACGUUGUAUGAGCUCUACCCGCACGUGAGCCCGACCAAGGCCGGCAUCCUCGAGAAGGAAGUGCAGCGCGUCGAGGGUCUCAAGACGGCCGCGCGCGGCUACGGCAAGGUCAACUUGAACGCUAAGAAGGACGACGACGACGCAUCCUCCACCGAGACAACCACCAUCUCGGAGGCGGAUGCCAACCAAAUGUACGGUAUCCUCGUUGGUCUUCUCGAGAUUGGCGCGUACGAGCUCGCUCUCGAGCGCAUUCGGGACUUUGUCGCGCGCGACUGCAACCCGCUCGCGCAUGCGCCGCUCGCGCGCCAGCUCUGCGUCACAAUCAGCGACUUGCUCGCGUCGCUCUACGCACCCUUGUCGCUGGCGUCCAUGCGCCUCGUCGCCACGACCACCGUGGUGACGUCGCGCCACGUCGUUGCGCCGAUCCAAACGCUGCGCGAGAUGGUGGACAUUGUGUUUCCGAUGCUCCACUUGCUUGGGCCGUUUCUGCACCACGACCAGAGUCUCUGGACCAAGCUCCAGCGCAUUUUGCUCCACGCGCUGCCGUCGAAUGCGUGGCUGCUCGAGCCGCUCGAGCAUCUCUUUACGCACACGCUCUUUCCGACGCUGUCGCUGCACGGGUGCUGCCCCAACCUCGUGUACCAGAUGUGGGACCUUCUCAAGUCGUUUUCGUGUGAGAAGCGGUAUGCGCUCUACCAGAGCUGGCAAGACAAGUACGCCAACGUCCCGGAGAUGAUGCUCGCCCACGCGCGCACGGUCGACACGACGCGCAAGGUCAUGCGCCGCCUCACGGCCGACAAGACCAAGCCGACCGGCCGCGUCCUGACGCACGUCGCGCACGCCAACCCCUUGUCGCCGUACGAAAAUCUCAUCCAGCCGGUCGUCGAGUCGCUCAAGUACAUUUCGCCGCUCGGCAUGGACGUGCUCUCGUUCGUGCUCAUCACGGAGCUCGGUCGGCCGCGCCCGUCGCUCAAGCUCGACGGCACCAACGUCUCGCUCUGGCUCUCGUCGCUCGCGAGCUUCUCGGGCAGCUUUUACCGCAAGUACCCGAUGGUCGAGCUCAGCGCCCUCCUCUCGUACCUCUUUCAGCGCCUCAGCAAGUGGGAGAGCGUCGAGCUCAUCGUGCUCAGUGAGCUCUUGACCAAAAUGGGAUCCUGCUUGGCCCUCGAAGACUUGUCGCAGACGCAGCUCGAGGCGCUGGCGGGCGGGCCGACGCUUGGCUACGAGGCGCCGGAUCCCAAGGUCAUGAACAAACGCGCGAUUCCUCGGCUUCGGGACACGCUCGUCAAGCUCAACCUCGCUUGGCCGCUGUGCAUUGUCAUGGGCCAGAUGCGCAGCCGCAUCGAGCACGACGAGACGACGAAAGAAGAGCAUCUCAAGCUGCUCGGCGGCACGUACGACAUGUGUCAGCGCACGUUGAGCCAGCUGCUGGCGUUUUUGCACGCCGCCGCCGACCCGAGUACGUAUGUCGGCGCGCUGCCGCCGCUGCGGGACCUCGUACACAAGUACCACCUACCCGACGACGUGGCGAUGCUCUUGCUGCGCCCGGCCAUGCGGUCCGACGAUCCGCUCCUCCGUUCGGUGACGCGCAGUGUCCACAGCAGUGCCGCAACAUCUCUGUCGACCGACGCGCCGGGGCCAGCGUUCAUGUACAGCGAGACGUUUUUGAGCGAGCUCGACGCGACGUUUGCGACGUCGGCGCACAACCCGUUUGAAGGGCUUACGAAAGAGCUCUUUGCGACCUUUUGGGGGCUCACGCUCUACGAUAUUUACGUGCCCCACGGUCAGUACGAGGCCGAGAUCUCCAAGAUCCGGCACGAGCUCACGCUGCUGGCGAAUAUGACGACGGGGUCGUCCUCGGAGAAGCGCAAGCAAAAGGAAAAGCUCAUGGCGACCAUCGACAAGCUCGUGACGGAGCAAAAGGACCAAGUCGGGCACCGCAAGCGCAUUUUUGAGCGGCUCGAGGCCCAGAAACACACGUUUUUCACGUCGGCGGUGGCGACAACCGUCUCGGAACUCCUGCAAAAGUGCAUCGUGCCGCGCGCGCUUCUGUCGCCGGAAGACGCCAUGUACUGCGCCAAGUUUAUGCAGCAUCUGCACGAGAUCGAGACGCCGAAUUUGAGCACGCUGCAGUACUACCACAAGGUGACGCUCAACCUCUCGGGCCUCGUCCUCUGCACGACCGAGCGCGAAGCCUCGAACUUUGGCAUUUUCCUGAAAGAGUCGCACGCGCUCCUCGCGCGCUGGUUCCACGCCGCCGACGACUUUGGUGCCGAAGGCGCCAACAAGAUUGGCUUUAGCCUCUCGCUCAACGACCCGAGCGUCCGCAUGGAGCAUCGCAGAUACCGCAAAACGUACGCCAAGUGGCAAAGCCACAUGGAGCGCGUGUACGCGGGUGCGCUCGGCAGCGCCGAGUACAUGCCGACGCGCAACACGCUCGUGCUGCUCACCAAGAUGAUUGACGUGUUUCCUGUCUCGAGUGCCAACGGCACGCGUCUCUUGAGUCUCGUCGAAAAGCUCACGCUCGACGAUCGCGAAGAUUUGAAAAUCAUGGCCAAGCGCUACUCGGCGCUGCUCAAGCGCCGCCUCGGCACGUUUGCGGACGAGAAGGCGCCCCGGUCCAGCCCGAGUCCGGCGCGUGACGCCAAGGACGCCAAGGACGCCAAGGACCCGCGCCGCCGCGAGUCGACGACGACCAACGAGAAGCGCCCGCGAUCGCUGUCGCGUGAGAAGGACGAUGGCCGCAAGCGGGGCCGCGGCAGUGAUCCAGUGCGCCGCCGGGACGACACGGAGUUGCGCCGGGAGCCUCGUCGUGAGACGCCGCCGCCUGCGCGCCGCGAGAGCGGGGGCCGCAAGGAAGAGAAUGGGAGUCGUACGUCCAAGGACACUCGCAAGGACGAGCCGACCGGACGUGGAAAAGAGCCGGCGGCGGACGUCAAGGACGAGCGCAGCCGCAAAACGGACCGCAAGGACGACCGCAAGGACGACGGUCGGCGCCAGGAGCGCAAGCCUACGAACGACCGCAAGCCCGACGACCGCAAGCCCGACGACCGCAAGCCCGACGACCGCAAGCCCGACGAUCGCAAGCCCGACGAUCGCAAGGCGGCCGAGACAAAGCGGGAUGUAGACCGCAAGGCUGACAGCGACCGCAAGACGGCGACCGACCGCAAGGCUGACAGUGACCGCAAGGCUGAGGCCGACCGCAAGACGGCGACCGACCGCAAGGCGGAAGCUGACAAGAAGACCGAGAAUGACCGCAAGACGGCGACCGACCGGAAGACCGAGAGCGAUCGCAAGGCCGAGAGUGACCGCAAGACGGAAGCCGACAAGAAGACCGAGAGUGACCGCAAGCCUGACAACGAUCGCAAGGCACCGAGUGACCGCAAGGUCGACAAUGACCGCAAGCCUCUACCCGACCGCAAGCCGGAAGCGGACAAGAAGACCGAGAGCGACCGCAAGACGGACAGCAAGCCAGAGAGCCAGCGCAAGGAGGCGACCAAGCCCGAGGGCAGUCGCAGCGACGCUAGUGGUCGCAAUCAAGAAUCGAAGGAUGUGGCCAAGGACGGCGAGUCGGAGGAAGCUGCGUUGCGCCGCCAGCUCCAGGAGAAGCGGGGCGACGUGCGCAAGAUGGUGACGCUGAACCGGAAGCGCGAGCGCGAGGAGCCGACGGCCGAGGACCCGCCCAAACGUCGCAUGACGUCGUCGCUGGACGAGGCCGAAGAGAAGCGGAUCGUCGAGGCCAACAACAAACGGCUCGCUGAGGAGCGCAAGCAGCGCAUGGCCGAGCGCAAGCGCAGCGAGCCGCGCAACACGCCGCCGCCGGCCCCGCGCCGCGACGAGAAGCGGGACCGCUCAGUGAAUCGCAACCACGGGCACGGCCGACGACGCAACCGCUAA